AUGGCAUUUUCGAUCGCAAAGGAGGACCUCUAUCACUAUUGGGAUGCACAGCUCCCAACUGUGCACAGAGAAAAACGAGAAAUUAUUACUGCUGUUACCAUUGCUUCUCUUUUAGGUUUUGCUGGCCUAGGCACCGGAAUCACCUCGCUUACCCUCCAACAACAGGGCCUCUCUAACCUCAGAGCUGCAGUAGACGAAGACUUAGCCCUGACUUCAGUGGGUAAAAUCACAUCCCAUGCAGAACUCUUUUAUUUAAUCUCAUGCGUCUGUACUUUAUUUGCAGAAAUUUUCAAACAACGUGACAAAUCUAAAUGGCCAAAGCCUCCAUGUCAAAUGUACUAUCCAGAGGAUCCUCUUUAUGAAGCAAACUGUCCCCAAGUUACAGCAUAUGUUUGUGCUACAAAUGGCAUCACUUAUGUGAAUGAAUGUUUCCUAUGUGUUGACCAGUGGCAAUUUGGUUCUCACAUUAAAUUUGAUAAAUAUGGAAAAUGUGACUAA